AUGAGCACUGAUUCUCAUGUACCCUUCACAAUGAUUCACAGAAUACCAGAAAUUUUGAUUUUAUUCUUUUUUAAUUCAAUUUCGAAUCCUAAAAGCACAUGCGCGCUGAUUCUCAUUUGUGAAGUGAUACCCUUCACAAUGAUUCACAGAAUACCAGAAAUUUUGAUUCAAUUCCUUUUUGAUUGA